CAAUGGAACAAGACCGUUCAGCCAAGGCCACCAGCACGUGGAGGCUCGGGAAAUCAGGCGGGGCCGGGGGGUCGUCGUCUGACUGCAACUCCAGCGCCGGUUCAUCAGGGAGUGAAGGCACUGAUGGUGUUUUUGUUUUUGUCAAUGGAAGAAGAGCUCAGUCGAAGCGGACGGGGAAGGUGUUUGGACAGCUCACAGGGAUCAAGAGGAACUCUGAUGUCUUUGAGAUGAGAACUUCAGAUGGAGCAUCACUUAAGAUGCCAGUCGGUGACCUAGACACAGAUUCUUUAGGUGAGGAGUUUGGUGUGGAUCUGGACAAUCUCGAGGGGAAUUUGCAACCUCUUCUCCAUUCAACACCAUACCUGAAGAAAAGAAGCAACUACCAACAGCGGAAGCGUGUGAAAUCAUCCAGGAAUGCUUCCAAACCUGAUAACAAGUAUAAAGGAUGCAUUCAAGUACCCAUCUCCUUGAUACGAAAGGCACCACCUGGCUAUACCCUAGUCACAAGUAACCCUGCAAAAGUCGAGUCUUUUAAAUCAGAACUGAGAGCAAACCCACACCAUCAUAUUCCAGUUCUACCUGUGAUGGUGCACGAUGAACAUUGGAUGAAGGAAAACGGAGAGGAUGCUGAAUACUUCUUACUAGGUGGCUACAGCUUGUGGGAGGCAAUCGUAGACCUGGCUGACAAUGAAAGGUUUGCUCACUACAACAGAUGCAUGGUCAACGUUCAUGCUGGACUUAGUGAAGUUGAGGCUCUGGAAGUGGGUGCUACUUUUCAGCAACACCAAAGUCUGUUAAGAGAUGAAGUUCCAGACCUUGAAGGAAAGGUGAAGAUGUGUCGUAGGCUUUUAUUCACAUUGCACGACUUAGAUGAAGAUUUGGAUGAACCACCGUCUACCGUCAAAGAUGACUGGAGGAAGCAGGCUGCUGCUGCUCUUGGUUGCAUGUCAUCACCAUCUGUUGAUGGAAGGAAGCCGCUGGAACCAUUAUUUCAGCUCGCUCUUUACAGCAGACGCUGUUACUCCAAGUUAACAAGGCUGUUUGCGAUUCAUUUGGAGAACACAGGGAAACCAAUGAAGAUAUCUAUAUUCUUACAGCUGCAAGGAAUGACGGAAAGUGAGCGUUUCAACCUCUUGUCGAGACUGGUGGCUGGAGAGCUGCAGCCAAAAGAAAUAAAGGGGGAGGCCCUUAAGAUAAAGCGUAUGGCACUACUCCAGCGAACGAUGAAGACACUUACUAAAUCAAAAACCUGGGAAGAGUGUGUGGAGCGCUAUCCAGUGCACACUCAAAACUCUGCACUAGAGCAGUUUCUUGGAAAGGACAUGAGGAAGUCAAUUCCACAAGAAUUUGUGAACUACAUCCGAGAGGCGGAGGAGACUAUGGAAGGAGAGUACACAAGUUUGGAAGAACUACAGACAAGUCCUGUAGUUCUUACUGUAAUCGAAGCGAAAUCAACAAAGGGAUUGAAACAGCAUGUAAAGAAGGUGAAGGAAGCAACUAGUCAACUGGCAGCAUUGACUGAAAACAUAACAACCGCUGCUGAGUGGAUAUCACACAUGAAAAGAACUCGGCAUUUGAUUGUUGGAGGACAACAGGAUGUGCCUGGACUCCCAAAAGUUAUACAGGAGAGUUCAUGUUACAGAAUACUCCUGGAGACUUACACCAAACCACAGGAUGAAGUUGCAUGUUUCGUCCAAAAUACAGGUACUUUUGACGAUGAAGCAAGAUCAAUGGAGAGAGUAUCGAGGAGGCUCUGUUGGUUCCUUGGAGACUCAAGUCGUGAAGAAUCCCUUCCUUCAAAUUAUAGUUCAGAUGACUAUGAAUUUAUAGAGUAA